ACAGCAGUGCGCAUGCGCUUACCGCUCGCACAUGCGCAGUCGCUCUCGUGUCGGUGAGGGGUAAAGAUGGCGUGUUCCGCGGCUCGCAGCUCCGCACGCUGGGUCACAGUGGCCGUGUCUUCCAGCCACAGACGGGCCUGCUCGCCUCUGCUCUCCAGCGCGGAUGGAGCCUACAGGAGCCUCUCGACGCUGUCCGGCCGGCAGAUGUGGACGGCGCGCGGCGGGAGCGCCGGAGGAGCCGGGGCUGCGGUGACAUUGAGAGGCAUGACAGCGGUGAGCCCUUCUUCUCAUGUCAUCUGUAAGAUGUCGUUCCACACCAGCUCUCCUGCUCGAAAACAGGAUUUCUACCAGAUCCUAGGAGUUCCACGCGCAGCCACGCAGAAGGAGAUUAAGAAAGCUUAUUACCAGAUGGCAAAGAAGUAUCAUCCAGACACUAACAAAGACGACCCUCAGGCGAAGGAGAAGUUUGCACAGCUAGCUGAGGCCUAUGAGGUGCUCAGUGACGAGGUGAAGAGGAACCAGUAUGAUACGUACGGCUCUGCUGGGUUUGACGCGGGACAGGCCAGCGCGGGACACAAGCAGUACUGGGGCGGAGGGAGCAGCAUCGACCCCGAGGAGCUUUUCCGCAAGAUCUUUGGCGAGUUUUCCGGAGCUCGAGGCUUUGGGGAUUUCAGUGCCAUCUUUGAUCAGCCACAAGAGUAUGUGAUGGAGCUCACGUUCGCUCAGGCUGCCAAAGGAGUGAAUAAGGAGAUCACGGUCAAUAUCGAGGACGCGUGUCAGCGCUGUGGGGGCAGAGGCCAUGAGCCCGGAUCCAGUGUCCAGCACUGCGGCAGCUGCAAUGGCACUGGCAUGGAGACUGUGAACACGGGGCCCUUUGUGAUGCGCUCAACCUGCCGGCGCUGUGGCGGGAGGGGUUCGGUCAUCACCUCGCCCUGCACAGCGUGUCGAGGGACGGGACAGACCAAACAGAGGAGGACCGUCACGGUGCCUGUUCCUGCUGGAAUCGAGGAUGGGCAGACGGUCCGAAUGCCUGUGGGGAAGAAAGAGAUCUUCAUUACAUUCAGAGUCCAGAAAAGCCCGAUCUUCAGGAGAGACGGCGCUGACAUCCACUCUGAUGUCCUGGUCUCUGUGGCUCAGGCCAUACUGGGCGGCACAGUCAGAGCGCAAGGACUCUACGAGACGGUCAAUCUCUCGAUCCCAGUUGGAGUCCAGGCCGACCAGAGGAUCCGGCUCUCUGGUAAAGGUAUUCCACGGGUCAGCGGCUACGGUUACGGUGACCACUAUGUCCACAUCAAGAUCAAAAUCCCAAAGAUGUUGACAGACCGGCAACGAGCCCUCAUGAGGAGUUACGCGGAGGACGAGACCGAUGUGGAGGGAAGCGUCAGUGGAGUGACCAGCACCACUGCAGGAGGGGGCAGAAAUCAAACCGGCACAGGGCACAAACAGAAAGACCAAGGCUUUUUCUCCAAAUUAAAGAAAAUGUUUAGCUCCUCCUGACAGCCACAAACCAGGUAAAAGAUCCACUGGGAAUUAGACUUUAGUGGAGAUUCAGAUUGACUGUAAACCUGAUGGACAUACAAGAGAAGAGAAGCGAGUCUUCUGUGGACACGUGCAGCAUGGAGAUCAUCCUGACCGCUCCUCAGAAACUACAACCGAUGAAUGAAGAUCUGUGGCUGCAUUACUGACUCCAGAUCCCUGAGGAAUAUGACCUCAGCGCCAACAUCAACCAUAGAUCUAGUCUUUGGUCUGUAGUUUUUCGUUAAGGUUUUACAUAGUCAGUUCUUUAAUUUUCUGUUGUUCUGGAGCGAUUCACAAACAGAUGGGAAAUCUUUACUUCGGUAACAAUGUCAUUUCAGAAUAAUGAAGUCCAAUGUUCAAGACCUCACUGAACAUUACGUCCUUCUGCUUGAUUAGCAGUGUACAUAGACAGCUGUUAAUAUUAAAGCCAUUUUAACGGGUUGUUGUAGAGAAAUAUGCAGUAAUUAAUAAAAUCUUUGUGACAACU